GGGAAGUAGCCAGGGGUGGGCAGGCUUUUACAGUCACAAAUAAACUGAUGCAAAAAGAAACACAUAAACUUGGGGAGUUGUGAGCUAUCGGUCCUCACAGGAUCUGGCAGAAAACAUUUUUGGCUCAUUCACCAUGGACAACAAAUCAGACGUAAAAGCGAUUAUGUCUCGUUUCCAAACUGGAGGUUCAUCUAUGGAAGCAAGUCCACGGGUUCGUCCAAAGCCAGCCAUUAAGCCCACCUUAUCUUCAGACCCAUCAGUGCCCACUAAGAAGCCUGCUCUAGAAACUAGCCUCUCUGGUGGAGCUACUACUACCACAACAGCAUCAAAACCUAACUUUUUAAAAAGCACAGUUAACACAGCAAAAAGUGCUCCAGAUGUGCAUGACCCACCAAAGCCUAAAGCUCUUGCGAGUAGGUUUGAAAAUGCACAAGAGAAUAAUAAAGUCAACUUUAAAGUUCCUGUCAAACCUAAACCACUAGACUGUUCCCAGGACUGUGAGUCAAAGGUCUCCUUUCCAAAGGUACCACUACAGAAGCCUCCUUUAAACAGCAUGGCAAAUGAUUCAAAGGGCACAAGUCCAAAGCCACUGUCACCUACAGGAAAGCCUCCCUGGGCCAAAGAAGCCAUGAAAUCUGAAGACAACAGUGUCCGUCUUAAUCCCACCCCUCCAAAAAUACCAUCUGCCCCUAAACCAAAGAUCUUCACUGCUAUGCUACAGCAGCAGCCAGAGGAAAGCAGCAAUGCAGAGCCUUGUGCAAGACCUUCUUUAGUAUCUAAUGCGAAACCCCCAAGUUUCCAUUUAAAAAAUAGCAUCAACAAACCUGAAGGAGUGAAAGAGGGUGCUAAAGUACAAAGUGCAAAUGAGUCAGUACCAAAGCCAAUAGCCCCUCAAAAACCUAGAUUUCCAAAGAAACCUUCUGAACCCCCUGCACAGACAGUGAAUGAUGACCCUUCAGCCCCAAAGAAGAAACCUUUGCCCAACAGUUAUGCCCUGGGUAGUGCCCCAUCAAAACCAAACAGACCACCCAAAGUCAACCUUGAGAAAUUCAACAAGAGCAUGGAGGCUGCAACUGAGGGUACUGGGCCAAAGAAUGUAGCUCCCCCUCCCCCACCAGCUUCUCACCCCAGCAGCCAGGCAGCCCCACCACUGCCCAAUCAGCCUUUCCCUCCCAGCCUGCCCCCACGACUUUUAGGACCUUUAAUUCAAGAUGAGAAUUACGACGAUGUGGAGUCCUUGAGAGGGUCAUUUGGGGGCCAGAAAAAUGAGGGAAAUGAAAGUGAUGGUGAGAUAUAUGAGGAUCUCGAUGAUAGUAGGUCCGCUGCAGAGUCAAGUCAACCUCAGAAAAAGCAAGAUAAAGAACAAGGAAUUAAAAAUCAGAAAGAGCGUGAGAAGAAAGAAAAAGAAGCCAUUAAGAAGUUUAAACUAUCACCACCCCUGCAAGUCAUUCAUCAGGUAAAAGCUAAAGCUGACUGCAAGGGGGGGAAAUAUGACCUCUCCAUAAAGAAGGGAGAGUCUAUUGAUAUCAUUAGAAUCACAGACAACCCAGAGGGUAAAUGGCUGGGCAGGACUCAAGAUGGAUCUAUUGGCUUGGUUAAAACGGAAAUGGUCGAGAUAGACUUUAGCAUGUUGAAGAAUCAAAGCCUGUCUCUUCCUCCUAAUCUGGGAGGUGAAGAGUUAUAUGAUGACGUGGGUUCUCAGGAUGAUCAUGGGAAUACGAAUGGUCAGCGGGUUGUUUUACCUCCACCACCAGACGAUGUGUAUGACGAUAUUCCUGAUUCCAAUCCAAUCAGCACUGCAGAUCCCAAGUCUAUCUCAAAACAGCGCUACUUCUUGGAGAUUCUCAAAAGUUCGGUUGACUGGAGAAAAAGCCAAGUCCACAAUAAUGACAUUCCUCCCCCUCUGCAGUUUACACCUGAAGGAAAUAAAGACAUUUCUCAAGAUGGUGAAAUCUAUGAUGAUAUUGAUACACUCCCUCCUGCUCCACCCAUUAGCAGCCUUCCCCAAGUUAAAUCAAAGUUGACCAAAGCACAUGAUGACCUGAAAAAGCAAAAGAAGUUUGAAAAAGAAGAGAAGGACUUUAGAAAGAAGUUUAAGUAUGAUGGUGAGAUUCAAGUGCUUUUUCAAGCCACAAUUGCGACCAGUAAGAAGGGUGGAGGGAAAGAUCUGGCUGUGCUGGCUGGCGAGCCUGUGGAUGUCAUCAACAAAUCUGACCCUGACAAAUUCAUCUGUAGGAACAAGGAGGGCAAAUUUGGAUAUGUCUCAGCUAGCAACAUCCACACAGAUGAUGAGGUCUAUGAUGACAUUGGAGAUGAUUGUAUCUAUGACAAUGACUGAAGAUCACCCCAGCACCUCAUCUCAUUUUCUGGGGCAGCUCCUAAUUUCUGACCAUAUUUGUCUUCUUGAUUGUUGAUUUUAAGUGUAUUUAUCAUAUGAGAUACAUGUGUAUUUGGAGUAAAAGGCUAAAUUAAACAUUGUUUUAAUGUUUAACAUAAUAUCAUUGGUACAGACAUUUUCUAGACUAUAUUCAAAAGCUACAUUUAUGACUUCUAACCUAGGCUGCCAAUAUGGCUGUUUUUUAAGAUGCCCACCAAACACUCAAAAA